AUGAAUGAGGCCCUUGGUCUGACCCCUCUGUUGCUGAUGCUGGUUCUCGGCGUCUCCCCGCGAUGGUCAACGGGUUUGGUCUCAGCUUCUCCGGAGCUGGACGUCUUCAGCGAGAACCCCGACGUCUCGGACAUAGAUCGGGCGGACCGCGAGGGCGAGGAAUGGGACGCUGGUUUCUUCCGUGGCGGUCAGCCCAUCGACGACGCGUUCUCCGGAUACGAGAGCCCGUUCUGGAGCGACGGGAACUUCCCGUGGUUGACCGGAGGCGACGGGCCGGGACGGGAAAGGUCUGACCUCUACGGCAAUCCUGACUGGUCGGCGGCAGCACAAUACGAUCCGGUCUCCGACACCUACGACAGGGCUGGCCUGGACCACCCGACGGCGAAAGAUCAAGGCUACCUCGACAGCUACUACCACGCCAUCCUAGACGUCAGGGAGUUCAACGACAACUCACCUGCCGUCACGUGUCACGG